CGGGACAAGCUCCGGAGAAGCUCUGAUCGUGGCGGUCGUGCGGGGCUUCGAGCUUGCGCACUGUCUUCGAAAUCGCAGAGUCGGUGCGCGAGGGGCGCGUGGCGGCACCGGGGGUGUCAGUCACGGCCCAUCUGCCUACCAUCGAGCACAUCCAUGGCCAUAAUUAUAGCAACUAAUGACAGAUCGAUCGAGCCAUGAGGACGCAUCAGUUGCGGCUCGUGUCGCCUGGUAUGUAGUCGUUUAGAGGAGAAUAAUACGCGCAAGAAGAAAAGGAAACAGAAGAAGAAAGAAGUGGAAGAUAGAGAUAGCGUAACGUUGCGUAUAUUUAUCGAAGAAACGUCGCGUGUAUUUAUCGAAGAAACGUCGUGUACGAAGAAUCCACCGGAAAUAACGGUGACAUCGCGACAGGCAAAUGUCCUCGUCGAGCUUCCGCGAGAGCCCGUCGACGAGCUACUCACGAGAAGCGACAGGAAACAGAGACACCGACGGCGACGCCAGACGUCGCUCCACCGCACGGUCAAUUUCACGAUAAAACUUCAAAGACGAGGAAGCUGAAUCUAGUCAAUCCGCGAUAACCCCUGGCUGUGUUUAUCCUCAAAAUCGUAAACGAUAGUGUUCAGCGAUCUUUUCACCUUCUCGAGACCGGUCGCGUGUGAAACCAGUCGAAGAAAAAUCGAAACCGGGCAAGAAGCGAGUAGAAUAAGCAAAGGGAAGAAUCAACAACAAGGACGCCCGGCCCGAGAAGACGACGUCAAUAUUAGUUAUAGUCUAGUGAUAUAUACGAGGAGAGAAGGGAAGGAGAGUCAUGUAGAUAUCGCGUAGUACAAACGUAGCAAAUUUCAAUUCACGUAUACAUAUUCAUACGUAUGUCGUGUCGAUUAAAUCGUAGUGGUAAAUUCUCGUUAAUUCAACGAUAAUCCGUGUGAUGAAAAAAAGCAAUAAAAAUAAAAAGGAAAUUUAAUUCGUAAGUACGAGGACUGGUGUUCGGCUGUGCAUUAUCGCGUGUGAUCAAUCGUUGAGCACGAGUUUCGUGUUCCUUAUUCGAAAUUGCUAAAGGGACGGAAGAAAGUGCAUCGGCAGAAUGGCGUUCGCUGCGGCGAGAAUGAUCCUGAAAGACAAGCGGCGGAAGGCCAGCAAGGAAGACUUCGCGCCAAGAAAUAGGAGCAAGGCCCGCAGCGCCAGUACAAGUAGCUUUAGAAGCCUGAGCCAGGCUCGCAACAAACCAGCAGAUGGAGUAGGCCAUGUGAAUCAAAAGGGCUCGACAGGUCAAAAAGCGCCAUUGACAGCCGGGCAGAAGGUGGCGCCUGGUGCGAAAGUUGCAGCGAAGCCAGCUCAGAAACCCUCUGCUCAAAAGGGACAGGUUAAGGUUACGCCGAAAGCAGCUUCCGUGAAGACUGGCAAGAAUAAAAAGAAGGGCCAGAGGCAGCAGUACGACCUUAUCGUUACCAUAAAUCUGUCUGAAUAUGGACUCACGGAGGAUCAAGUGGCCGAAUUCAAGGAAGCGUUCAUGCUCUUUGACAAGGACGAAGAUGGCACUAUCACUAUGGCGGAACUUGGCGUGGUUAUGCGAUCUUUGGGACAGAGGCCGUCUGAAACAGAAUUACGAGAUAUGGUGAACGAAGUGGAUCAAGAUGGCAAUGGUACCAUCGAGUUCAACGAGUUCCUGCAGAUGAUGUCAAAAAAGAUGAAGGGUGCCGAUGGAGAAGACGAAUUACGCGAGGCAUUCAGAGUAUUCGACAAAAACAACGACGGCCUGAUCUCAUCGAAGGAGUUGCGACACGUAAUGACGAAUCUUGGAGAAAAAUUAUCGGAGGAAGAAGUGGAUGAUAUGAUCAAAGAAGCGGAUUUGGAUGGCGACGGAAUGGUGAACUAUGAAGACACGAUGUGUUCACAGAAUUUGUGACAAUCCUGACGUCGAAGAAUUAGUUCGAUGGCCAUGGAUCGGACAAGAAGCUAUCCAGCUGCCGGAAGUCUUCGUCGAAGAAUAGAAUCAAAUCCCCGAAAUCGUAACAAGAUGGUCAUCCUCUCGAACUCCGCCAUCGGAGACGUCGAUGAAAAGUCGUGAAACUAACAAUGUGGGAAAGUAGCUGAAAACUCUUCGAAGCUCAUAAAAUAUAAAAUACCGAUGUAUCUUUGAUUCGACAAGGAAGACGAGCAAGCCCGGGUUCAAUCGAUUCACGUGGCUCGUAGCUCUUUUCCCGCAUGAGGGUAAGUCAUAUCGGAAGACUGAUGAAAACUGUGUCUCGAGCGAUGGAGUAAUGAGCGAUGUUUGACGAUGGUGGAAAGUUUGUAAGAAAGGUGGAGAGAGUGUGAGUAAAGGAAACAGCAAUGUGACUUCCGCAGUUGUACACGCAUACACGCAUACACACCUCGCUCCUUCGAAUUAAUUUUACAAGUAUAAGUUAGCGAAAUGACAUUAUACGUGAAAACGAGUGAGGUGCUCGCUCCCGAAACAAUCAACUGAGCUUCGUUUAGCGUUUACCUACCUACUAUCUAUACUCUCUAUUAAUGCUAUACAACGUCGUUAUUGAUAUUGUUAGGAAUCAAUCGAUCCUUCUCCAUCCUUCGCCGAUCUCAUUUACACGAUACUACUGGCAUGACGAUCUCGUUCAACAGCGAAUCGCUAUCGAUGGCCUAAAAAUUGUACCGUAGAAUCGCACGCAAUGUUGAUGCGAUACGUGGCAUCGAAAAGUACAAACGGUAUUAGACCGAAGUCGUCUUGUUCGUUACAUCAAAAGAAGUUACGCUGUUGGGACAUAUUUGCUACAUGUUGCUAACUUGAUAUUUGAGGGGUGCAUCGGUCGAGACAAUUUUAACGUAACGCAUUCGAUCGAUAUGGACGUGUGCCGGGAUUGGAAUGUAGCGAAGUUUUUGAAUACCGAAGAAUACCACAGUGAAACGAUCGAGUAACUCGUCAUUCCUCUUCACUUCUGUCGUUCGAUCGGUAUUGUUCCUCCAAUUUUUGUAGGUUCGCUUGUAAACGAGACGAAUCCUCCCGGCUCGUUGUCGAGUCGGAUUUUAAACAUUAAUUGUCAUAAACAUUCUGGCCGCGGGACUCGACGCGAGAUAGCUCUAUAACGAUCUGUCUUCAAAUUUAGAUGAGUGUCGUUGGCAAGUAGAUUAGUUUUAACGAUGAUAUACUCUCGAUGGCAGAAUUUUUAGACGCAUGUUAUGGCGACAUGCCAAAACAGUCGCUGGAAAGCAAGAAUCAAAGCAACAGUAGCGGAUUUUCCUUAAAUGUAAAACACCAAUCGUAGGGAUUCCUCGAUCCUUAAUUUUGUCGAAGAAACUUUUGUACCAAAUCUUUCUCAUUUUCCUUUUUCUCUCGUUUCUUCUUUCCUUUUUCAUUUUUUUUUUUUUUUUUUUUUUUUUUUAAGCUCGAACAAAGAGCUGAGAAUCUCGUGAGUGUACCGCUCUUGUUGUUAGUCCCGAAUUCUAGAUUUUCACCCAUGUCGGCUCUCCUAUACCAAACACCGUCCGCCUGAAACCUCGACAUUCUCACCCACCCACAGGCCAACUGUACUACGUCGUGCACCUUUAGAUCCUUAAGAUAGGACAGCCACAGCCGUAGAUCGCGAUACAGGAUAGUUAAUUAGCGCAUAGAGGAAGUACACCUAAUAAAUGAUGCAUUAUACACAUACCUAUUAUAUAUACCUAUACAUGGUGUUACUACCGGAAAUACUUGAAGUAACGUUAUUAUGGAUAUUCAUAUAUAUAUUUAGUAUAUACUUAUACAUACAUACGUACGUACAUAUAUUAUAUAUACAUAUACACGUUAGCGACGUACGUCGGUGGUAUACUGGCAUUGAUAUUUUUAUGGUUUUAAAAAAAAUACAACAACAAGAACAAAUAUUAGUGUCAGAAAGAGCGACAGAACGAAAGAGAGCGAAAAUGUGAGCGUGAGUGAGCGAGAAAUAGGAGUGAAAGAGAGCGAGAGAAAGAAAUAUCGGUUGGUCGGUCGAAGCGCGGAAAAAUGAAGCGCGUGUACAUAAACGAAACAUUGAAACGGAAGAUACGGAUAAACGGGAUAAAAUAAAUAAGGGGAGCUCUUAUAAGCGUGUUAUUACAAAAGGUGAUUCGUUUUAUCCUUAAGGAUGCGUGUCGAAGGAUGGUAUGCGAAUAUUACUAUUGUUAUCGUUGGUAAUCGUUGGUCACACGAAGCGGUGAUUUCACAAACGUACACACAACAUACACAUAGAGAUAGACAAUAAAUUCUGUUCUUUAAUUAAGUAACACGCAUAUAGUUACAUUGCGUUGUUCGGCUCGACCGCUGGGUAGGUAAGCUACAGAUCUGCAAACACCGUAUAACGCGAUUAGAAUUUGGGAAAGGUUAUUUUCAGAGAACUCGAUGUGCUUACCUAAUUAUGCGAUCGUCCUUUUUGGCUGCCUCAUGCCGUUGCCUUACGGUGAAAAGAUUAAUAUUUGCCAUAAAAAAGGGAAAUUUUCAUAAAACGUUGCAGCUUCUUAACAUUUCGAUUGCUUCGAUUUUAAGUUUCAUCAUUUUUGUCUAAUAUUUUUCCCCUUUUCGGCUCUUUCAUCUUUCCUUAUUACCGAUGAAAGUUAAGCUCCUCUGGGUUGAAUACGUUCGAUCUACGUUUUCAACCGUCUGACAUUGGCGUGAUGCAAAGCUACGCACAACGUAAUUGAAAAAGCCGCGGACUAUGCAAACUGCAAAAAGGAGGAUAUAAGGAAACUAUAACAUGCAAACAUAAAACAAGACGCUUCGACAGUUACAACAUAAAAAGAGCUCUAUAAGUCGACAAAAAAUAGUAAUGUAUAACGUCCCGAAGACAAUAUCUUUAACGAUUUUAUUAAAGGAAGCUAUUCGAGAUUUACCUCGAGAGAAGGCCUACGUUUUGCCACGUGUGUCCGAGACGAUAGAUUGUAGAAAGAUUGUCAAAGAAAAAGAGAGAGAGAGAGAGAGAGAGAAAGGGUGAGAGCGAGGAUGAAAUGAUAGAGAAACGAGAAGUUUUAUGAUGCAGGAGUUACGAGAAAGGUGCUGUUUAGUUUAAACAUUGUCGAUCUUUUUCCUUUACAAUUAUUAUGCUUUUAUCCUACUUGAAUCAGUGCACUUUCUGUUACAUCUAUUUUGCAAACACUCAAAUCCUUUCCCUUUUAACUUCUCUACAUACUUCGUUCAUUAUACACUUAUUUCACGGACUAUAUGAUAUUUUUGUUGAAAGAUUGCGACGAAUGGAUCGGUUCAUUUGGAUUUAUGAGAUGCACGAAAUUUCACUGCACCCCAUGAGUUAUUAUUUCGACUUUCCGUCUUAGAGGAAAAUUAUCUAUAAGAAUAUCAACAAAUGCUGAACACAAGUACAAGGAAUCGUCAAUAUCUGUAUAUAUCACUCCCAAAAAUCGUAGCCGAAUCAGAGACCUUGAGAUCGCUGGGUCGAUCGCCACAUUGGUUCGAGCAUGGAAUAAAAGAGAAACUUGCAAUUCUCCAUUGGGAGUGUUUUCAUUUUGCAAGGCGACACUAAACGCACACUUGUCACGCGCGCUGUAAUAGGUACCUCUUUCAUUAAUACAGAUCACUCACGGUCUCACUAGGUCUCUGAUUGCCUGCACGGUUCUUUUACUUGCGAACUUAUCUCGCCAUAAAUCUCUGUGGCAAUAAAUAUCCUACUUUCCCCCUCCCGGAAGAUGCAUUAACUCCGCUUUGCAAAUCGCACUAUGCAAGAAAUCCUUUUGAUUAAACCUCCGAGUACAGAGCUGUUUCUGAUAUGCCUUUAACCCUUAAAAGCUAUUAUUAUUAAAGAAAAAUUUCACCCUUGUAGAUCUUUUUUAUUUUAAGAAUCAAUAAAUUCAACGAUACAAAUUAGUAAAUCGAUAAUUUUUGAUUACUCGAUGUUAGACGAAAAAAGGGAAAAGAUUAUUGUUCAUAACGAUUAUAAAUAACAUUGCGAGAUACAGAAACUAGCAUGGUCAUUAAAUUUGAUCAAUGAUAGCUUUUAAGCGUUAAAAUAUUUGUUUCACGCGGGAGUGGCGACAAGUAUUAUAACGACAGACAGCCCAACCCUAUCAUGAUUAUCGAAAAGUAUUUUUAUAGAAUACUCUUCGAGCCAGAUAUUUACAUCGCGUUAUAUUCUAUUCUAUAUAUUAUAUUACAUUAACAUCAAUGUAUACGUGCGUGUACAAAUUGUAUAUCAUAUUAUAUCAUCCUACUCUGCUGGCAGAUUUCAUUGUAGUUAUUAUGCGUCCGAAUGACGAGCCGGCAACGUUUGUAUUCGUCGCGAGACGGCAAUUAUGCGUUAAAUUGAUUAUAUAUAAAUCGUCCUUAAGAGGAAUAUGCAAGUCUUCCUUCAUUUUAAUCUGCACUAUUCGAAGUUGGAGGAUGUUCGUAGGAUUUAGUUGUACGGCGUACCUGCUGAUUGCGUUGUGUCCUCUGAGGGUGUGUGUUACUUCUACCCGAAAUUAUUUCCGGAUAAAAUCGCUCAACGACGAUAUUCUGUGUGUUUUUUGAACACCCGAUAAGUCGAAAUAUUGAUUCGCCUAAUCGUGGUCGUGUAAAUCUGUAGAUCAGAGCCGCGACACGUUAGAGAAAUACUCGAAGACUAAUCUAACUGAAUAAGCCGUGUUUUGUUUUACGAUGAACGUUUCGAAAAUUCUAAGAAUAAUUGUAAAAGUUCCACUUCAUUUUAUACUUGACAAAUUUUUUUAGGAAAUUAUAAAAAAUUUAUCUUUGCUUGUUUUAUUCGUAUCGAUCCUAUGGUACUAAUAGAAUUUGAGAAUGGCGUGGCAACACGAGAUGUUCGAAAUAGAUACGCUUGUGUGUUAUAAUUUAUAUUGUGAACAUGUGUCUAUAUUUUAAACGAGUAGUUGCGUUUACGUCGGAAGUAGACUGCGAGCGAACCGUAACAUUUUCAUAGAGGUUUGAUACAGUCGAAGUUAAAAUUGUUAUAGUCGAGAGUUGCAUAGGAUCCCUUUGUUUCAGAAAGAUCGAGAGAAUCUCAAAGAUCCAGAUUCUAUGGAUUAAUUUCAUCUGUCCUCUUCCUAAAAUCCUAUGCAUUUCUUCGAGUCCUUCGCUUUGGUUGAUUCCAGUUGUUCUAAAGUUUGCUAAAGUUUCUCAAAAAGUUUUUUCAAUACUCGCAGUACAUUAUAAACAAUGUCCGUAAUCGAACUUAAGGAACGCGUGCUUGUGGCUUUUUACGAACAAUGUGAAACCGGAGCCACAUGAAGAAUGAUCAAGGACCGCGUAAAAGAACAGGGGAAACGAAAACUAGUUGAUAUCAAACGAGUUGAAUGAUGCAAAGGUAAUCAAAUAAAUAUAUGUACAUUGCUAGAUACGAAAAAAAGAAACCUCAUUAACUUAGGUGUAUAAUAAUUGUAAUCGUUAAAUAAGUGUAACUAUGUUGUACUAGUCAUGAGACCGUCUCGUAUCUUGAUAAGCAACAGUAAGUCGUUGUACUCGAGAGAUUCGGACUGUUGUUACGACGAGGCGGUUUCUCGGAUCGGUUGUUUGUUAGUGUAAUUAAAUAUAUAUAUUUUUCAUCCAUUGGCUGACGUAAAAGUACCCGCGCUUCGCAAUGAGAUCGAGAAAGAUUAUGAAGAAUGAUUUAAAUAAAAAAAAAAAGACAA